UCUCGCCGGGGGCCACCGCACCGAAGGCGUCCGCGCGACGAGCCAGACCAGCCGCUACGCAAGAUGGCUGUGUGUCGCUGACGGGAGGCCGACAAACCGGACAGGGGUACAGACAGCUCGCGGAUAAGCGGAACAUGCGGCUACGUGACCGUCGGGCCCGUCCCUGAAGAGAGAGACACUGGCCAAGAAGCGAGAGGGAAUGUGUGACAUGUUCAUCCAAACACAGCAGACGAGUAGCGUCAACGGCAGCAGCAGCAGCAGCAGCAGCAGCAGCAGUAACAACACCGGUCACCACCACAGUAAGAAGCGCAAGUUGGAUUACAACGUGGCUCAGCCGGUGAUCCAGCACGCAUUGGUCCAAUCGACCAGCGACUACCAAUUGGAUGGUCUCCGGUACUCCGUAAAUGGUGCUAAUACCACGUUUAGUUCGCUGCACAACAAUAAUGCGCUGCAGAAGAGUAGCCCGAACCAGCAGACCCUGGUACGAGCCUCGACGAUCAAGCUCUUAGACCCGUACCAGCGCUGUGGCACGAAGAGAAAAUCUUGGUCGAGGGAAGGUAAUGGUGACGGCCUGGCAGUCCACUCCGCCAACGCGAAUGCGGUGGGUAGUACUGUAGUGUCGCAGCACCAUACCCAACAGCAACAACAGCUGCAGCAACAACAGCAGCAACAGCACAGCAAGCAGACAAGCAUGACGGCGCAUAGCAAGCAAGUGGCCAACGCGGCCAAUGGCGGCGGCAGCAGCAAUCCCCAGGGCGACGGGGAUUACCACUUGGUACAGCACGAAGUUCUCUACUCUAUGACCAACCAGUAUGAGGUCCUCGAGUUUCUCGGCAGAGGUACUUUCGGGCAGGUCGUAAAAUGUUGGAAAAAAGGAACAAGCGACAUAGUAGCCAUCAAAAUUCUAAAGAACCAUCCAUCGUAUGCGCGCCAAGGUCAGAUUGAGGUCUCCAUCCUGUCUCGACUUAGUCAGGAAAAUGCGGAUGAGUUCAAUUUCGUGCGCGCCUACGAGUGCUUCCAGCACAAGUCACAUACCUGCUUGGUAUUCGAAAUGUUAGAGCAAAAUCUCUACGAUUUCUUGAAGCAGAAUAAAUUUUCACCCCUACCUCUUAAGUACAUCAGGCCCAUUCUCCAGCAAGUAUUGACUGCGCUAUUGAAACUGAAGCAAUUAGGAUUGAUACAUGCCGAUUUGAAACCGGAGAACAUUAUGCUGGUGGAUCCGAUGCGUCAGCCUUAUCGAGUGAAAGUCAUUGAUUUCGGAUCGGCCUCUCACGUAUCCAAAGCCGUCUGUAACACCUAUCUGCAAUCACGAUACUACCGCGCACCCGAAAUCAUACUGGGACUUCCGUAUUGUGAAGCAAUAGAUAUGUGGUCGCUCGGGUGUGUGGUCGCAGAGUUGUUUCUGGGAUGGCCUCUAUAUCCAGGCAGUUCCGAAUACGAUCAAAUUCGAUAUAUAAGUCAAACGCAGGGCCUACCAACGGAGAAUAUGCUAACCAUUGCUAGCAAAACAACAAAAUUCUUUUAUCGAGACAUGGACAGUACAUAUCCAUUUUGGCGAUUAAAGACACCGGAAGAACACGAGGCAGAGACUGGUAUCAAAUCCAAGGAAGCGAGAAAAUAUAUUUUUAAUUGCCUUGACGAUAUCGGUCAGGUUAAUGUACCGACUGACUUAGACGGCGGUCAACUCUUGCCAGAAAAAGCGGACAGGAGAGAGUUCAUUGAUCUUUUAAAGAGGAUGCUUACAAUGGACCAGGUAGAGCGCCGUAUAACACCCGGCGAGGCACUGAACCACGCGUUUGUUACUUUGGCACACCUUGUCGAUUAUGCGCAUUGUAACAACGUCAAAGCUUCCGUCCAGAUGAUGGAGGUUUGCAGGCGCGCGGGAGACUUCGCUGCGAGUCCUGCGCAUCAUCAGGCUCCGCCGGCGCCUCAGCCACCUCCACCAACGUCUUUAGUAGCCAAUUUUGUACCGACUACCAACGGCAGUGCGGUGACUCUCACCUUCAAUAAUCAAUUGUCUAAUCAAGUACAGCGAUUAGUCAGAGAACAUCGCACUGCGCAAACAGGAUAUGACAAUCUGUAUCAAAUAUAUAGCAACAGCAGUCGACGGGCGACACAAUACAGCGGUUCGUCGAGCGGAUCCAACAGUGGGCGAAGUGGUAUGCAUGAUUUUCCGCAUCAACUGGUACCCAGCAUAUUAUGUCCACCGCAUGGCUACCAGACUAUGCCAAGUCCUGCGAAGCAUGUAGUUGUUGCUCAACCACCUCAAGCGCAACAGGCACCUUUGCAGAUACAAUCGUCGAUUAUAUCGCAGCAAGCCGUAGCCGCGGCGGCUGCAGCUGCUCAACAACAAUAUGCUGCAGUUCCCGUGUCUAUGGUCGAGACUGGUCGACAAAUGUUGCUUACCAAUGCUGUGCAGGCCACAUCUUGGCCUGGUGGAAGUCGUCAAAUGGCACUCGUACCGUCGUCGUGGCAGCAAUUACCGCCGCAACACAUCCAGCAGCCGCUGCUUAGCGAUACUGGAGAUUGGGGAAGACCUCUUAUCGUCGAUAGUUCAGCUAUUCUACAGGAUCAGCGGCCGGUAUUUCCUGUCACGGAAGUUUACAACGCUAGUGCACUUGUUGAGCAUCCACCGCAGAGUUGGGGCAAGCGUACCGUCACCAAACAUCAUCAGCAUCAUGUGACGGUACCUCAGCAGACUCAGCACAGAUAUGAACAUAAAAAGGAAACGCAGCAACUGAGUCCGGUGAAGAAGCGAGUCAAGGAGAGCACCCCACCGAGUAGCAUGCGACGACAUUCACCGUCGAGCAGCCAUUGGCAGGAGCAGCCGGUGCAGUCUCAUCAUCACAGUAGCAAGCAUAGUAGUAGUCAUAACGUGGAGCAUCAGCCAGUUGCUUCUGUGCGACAGCAGACUAUCACGAUUGACGACACACCUUCACCAGCUGUUUCCGUUAUUACGAUCAGUGAUAGUGAAGAUGAGGCACCUGGAAAAUGCUGUGGAGACCGUCAGUGCAGCGCCUGUCAAAGUUUGGCAACUCGCCUGUCGGGCGACGGACGUCCUGUCCGUGAAGAAGUCAUACGAAGCACUCAGUCGACGCCGCGUGUUGUACAACCGAUGCAGCAGUCCGCGCAUACAAGCAGCCAACCGCAUGGGAGCGGACACGUUACGACUCAUAGCAGCUCGUCAUCGCAUCGAACACAACGCAAGAAUAUCAUUAGCUGUGUUACUGUUGGUGACAGCGACGGCGAAGCUAGCCCCAGCCGUACGCACGGUCAUUUAUAUUUGCCGCAACACCCGCAACAUCAACAGACCACACAGUUAAUUAAGCAUGAGCCGCAGCAACAACAUCAUAUUAGCAGCUCAGGAUAUUCGCAGUCACAAAAGAAACGGCUGCUGGCGAAGGUGCAGUCCGAAUGUAACAUGGUGAACGUUGCGACGAAGCCGGAACCCGGUGUCGAGUAUCUUGCUCCACAUCCGUGUCACGCGCCAGCUUGCAAGGAGCCACCGACCUAUCAGGAUGACGUCUAUGACAUGCAUGACCACUUCUUGCAGUAUGUGACCACGAGUAGCGCGCAUCCUCAUCUCCAAGAACAGCAUAUCGUGUACACGACCGGUACGGACAAACGAGUGUCGUGGCCUGGGAAGCGAGCCGAGUACAAGCAUGAAUAUGUUCAACCACCGGCUGCUCACUCGAGAGAUCAUCAGAAGUGGGUGGUGGCCAAUCCUGUGCAUCAAUAUAGGCAGAGCCAGGUAGUAGGUACGGCAGCCCAUUCCCACAGUCAUCACGGGCAUCCGGCCCAUCUAAGUCCCGGCGGCAGUGGCGGCGGUAGGAGUCCCGCCGGCGGGCCUGUGAUAGGAAGUGCUCAGCAUUUGGGACAGCCUCUCUACCAAGAAUACGCUCACGUACGCUCGAGAGCCCAUGCAGUGCCGCCUCCUGUAUACGUUACCGCGGCACCGUCGCAGGCUGCUACCGCUAUCCAGCAGCAACAAGUACCCGCGUAUCAGGGAUUUACACCCGGCUCGUCUCCAUUAACGUUGUAUGAUUCUAGUCGAGCAUUGCCACCGCCAGCUCAUCACAGCUCGGCCAGACCGUUACUGGCGAGUCACGCAGCACAUCCAAUGCCUGCGCAUAUGCAGCCUACCGCCGUUUAUGGAUUGGCCCCGAUUUCGCCAGCCAAACACCAGUAUCAACCUUCCAGUUUAUGGUUUACCGAAUAAGUUUCCCGUCGAGCUAUGGAUGAGAGUUGUGUACGAACAAAAUAACGAGUAAUUGUACGAUUUUCUGGGAACUUACGAACCGCCUGCGUGCUAAUCAAGUGAACGUAUAAUUAAUCAAACGUAUAACGGAAGAAAGAAAAGUGCAAAUUUUCCUCGAUUUUUAUGCAUCUGGCCAGUAAAUGAAACGAGUAGGAAGCGUUCGACUCGUUGCUAUAUGUGAAAUAUGAUUAGUAAGCAUGAAUACACAGACGAAUUCACGAUCGAGUAAGUUUGCCGAAAGGAGCAGAAAGCAGGAGUGUUACGGCGUUAAGGCAAAAAUUUUGACAAUCCGUCCUAUAUGUAAGCAGCGACUACUUCCUUUCGACCGCUCUCUAGGAAGUGAGACGCGAGAUCACGGUCAAUGUAACUAGAUCUCUUUGUAUAUGUUUAUUAUAUCUUUCAUGUGCCCGAAACAAUUCUAUCAUGUUAAACGGCCCUUAGACGAUCAAUAAUAUUGUUAAAAUUAUAUUGCACUGUUAUUGACGUUUCCUUCUAGAUAAUUUAAUAUAACUCUCAAUCAAAUUUUAUACAAUAAUUUAGUUAAUUUUGAAAGCGAUUUGUGGCUUACAUCAAAAUGAAUUGGCAUCUUUUUGCGCAGUAUCCAGACAAAUCAAUAUUUUAGAAUAAAUUUCAAAAAACUUUUGAUUGAUGCAUUAUACUAAAUAAACCGUAAUAUAGUCUCCAAACGGUCAAUAAUUUUGUGCAGUAUCAAAUUGUAAAAUAUUGACUGUCUAAGGAUCGUUUACCGUGAUAAUUUUGUUAGAGGCAAAGGAAUCGAGAGAGAAAGACUAUCUACUACUACUACUACUUUGACACGUGAUUGUACGUGAAUUGAUUUCUCAUGAAAUUUCUUAUCUGGCAUAUUUCUUUCUUCCUUUUUCUCAAUUCUCCUAAAACAUGCAUCUCGACAUAUGCGGCAUGCUUUAAUUUCGUAAGUUUCCAGAGACAUUGAAGUUUUAUUACGGAAAACGGUAGAGUUUAUAAGGACAUUGUACAGACCAAAAUUUUCUAUCAAAUUGUCCUGAUCUGUUUAACGCUCAUACGCAUGAUUUCUCUCUCUCUAUUGUACAUACAUAUAUACAUAUAUAUAUAUACAUAUAUAUGGAACUCUGACAUGUGACUUAAACAGAUCGGGAACGUUAAAUAUCGACGAUAGACGAGAUAUGCACGUAGUGACAGUGCCGAUCCACGUUUGCGUGGAACUGUUCUUAACGAACAUCCUUCAUAUGCGAUUUAAUAGUAGUGAUUUAAUUUAAAUGUGUAGGAGAGUCUGCAUUUCUUUAUGUGAUAUGUCGUAGGGACAUAUCGCGCGCAAGAGUAUCUUGGUUUUUAAUGCUCCUUAACAAAAUCAUUUUAGCGGACCGGUAGGUUUUUCUCUGAUUGUUGUAGUAGCGUUUCUUUCGUUCUUGCUCGUGGAAGUUUCCGAUUACAUUAGAAAUAUCGCUAAGGGAUGUAGCACUCUAUAAUCUUUUACGAUAUUUUAUUCAUAACGGGCACUCAAGACUAACGAGGUAGCCACAAUUAUUCUUUGUAGUUUGUAGCUUGUUAUUCAAGUAUACGUUAAAACACACAUUCACACACAACACACGCGCGCGCGCGUACAUACAUACGCGUACACAUGUCCGCACACAUACAUUAUUUAGUUGUAUCGCAUAUUUCGAACUUCUUCGAGUAGGAUUAUUCGGGUUGUCGUAGGUAAAGUACUCGUCAGAGAUAAGCAUGGAAUUUAGGAAUCGAGUCACGAAUUUAUUAAGGUGAUUGCACGACAUCCCCCAAUCAACAAAAGCUUUGACGUGCCUUUUUUGGAACAGUUUCAUUAUUUAUUAUCUAUGUAUUAUUACUUUAUAUCAUAUUCAUUCAUUCACAUCUUGUCAUUUUUAUCAUCAUUAUGCUCGUUGUCAUUUUCACUACUAACCGUCAUUGUUCUUAUGCCUAACAUUUUGUUCUGAAUUGUAUAAAUAAUAUAUUACAGGCAGUAUGCCUUAGGCUUGUGGUUUUGAAACGCGAAAUUGUGUGACCACAAUUUUGAAGAAUUCAUAAAUUGUACAUAAGUUUAAUGAACUUUCAUUAAUUUUUUUCAUUAACGCUUUGCAUUUUGGCAAAAGGAAGAUAUUCGAAUUAAGUACGCUGCACGAAUCAGUGAAGAACAGAGAGAAAAGUGAACAAGUGAUGGUUUUUGUUUUUAGAGUAGAUUUUUUCCUGAAUGCUGAGAGGGGAAAGAGAGAGAGAAAGAGAAGCAUUCUGUGAAAGAAAUGUAUGCCAAACAGCAAUAAAGUAUCAUAAUGAGUCUUACGAUAAAGAAUUUCUCGCGGAUAUCACAAACUCGCAUAUGUAUAUUUCUUUUUCCGCAUAUUUAGAUGUAAUAAUAAUGAUAUAUGGGAGAAAAGGACGGGAGAAAUUCUAUUUAUAGAUAGUUUUCAUAAAACAAGUUCUCGCAAAUACAUUUCUGUCGUUUAAUCAUGUUCUUCCUUGUUGCACACAACAUUUUUUGCACUACAGUUCAUCUCACAUCAAUGGUUUUUCACUCUAUUUUAUUAUUCUCAGGCGGUAUCGAUAGACGCGGUACGCACACAUACAAUUCUUCAGGUACCGACGUCUAGUUAUACGCAACUGCUAAUACAUGUAUUUCGUGAUUUAAUGGAAUAACGCUUAUAGGCAUUGUUUCGCUAAUUCUAUUAAUAUAAAUGUAUAGAAAGUUUGUAAACGAUAAUAUUCGGCGUAUAUGGGAUUCAAUUGCGGUAUGUUGUUUAGAGUGAUUCACGUCCAGAGUUUAAUUAGAGAUAUUUUACACGUAGAGUGAAAGAGUGGAAAAGAGCGAGCGAGAGCGUGUGAGAAAGAAAGAGAGAGUGAGAGAGAGAAAGACGGAAAUUAUAGAAUACAUAUAUAGAUAUAUGAAGAUAUACAAGUGUAGCGUAGGUGUAACGGAGUUUUAAACAUGUUACCGGUAUCAUUGAGGAGAGAGCCCUUUACGCGAUACAAUAAGCAAGCGACAAAACAAUAUACAGCUGCAAUUUAACUAUAUUUAACUUAUAGAGCAGGGCCGUUAUGGCUAUCGGGUCCAUGAUAGCCUCGCAAAUCUCUCGAGUGCCUUUAUAUCGAGAGGCAUGGGAUGAAUCGACGUAAUCUAACGAUGCCGAACGCAGCUUCGGCAAAAGCAACCCUAAACUUCUUCGUUUCUUCUUCUUCUUCUUCUUCGUUUCAUACAGUUUACGCAGUUUUCACUUCCCUUGUCUUAAUAUCGAGCGAUUUACCCUGUCGUAUACGCAUCAAUACGUUUGUACAUUCUCUGUACGAGAAAACAAAAAAAAAAAAAAAUAUUUAACCAACUCGAUGUGCCUGUUUAACGAAUAAUCAUAUUUACAUUGGGUAAUUAACUGUAAUGGGGAAAAAAAGAGAGGGAUAAGUAGAGAGGGAAGUCCGUUCUUUUUUUUUUCAGACAUAGACUGAGCGCGCUAUGGCGCGUCAGUAUCAAGUCUCGCAAUUAUUGUAGUAAACCGUUUGGUAUCUACCUCUCGGUUUCGGUGUAGCGGACCGAUCCGCGCCCAACUGUACAUAUACAAUACAUACAUAAUACAUACAUACAUGCUUCCACAUAUGACAGUAGAGAUACUCGCGUCGCAUGGAAAAAUGGAAAAAUGGAAAAAGAAACUAUCGUAAGAACCAUCCUCCGCGAGAAUCGUGAGAGGAUAAACACGAGUCAUAUCCUUAGGUUUCAUCUCCCAACACGUCGAGCGUGCACAAGCACGUAGGACAAGUAGUCAUACCACGCGGUAGUGAUAAGUUUUAUCCCCCCCCCCCUCUUCUUUCAUCCCCGCAUUUAGGUUUGCGCGUAUUGCUAAAUAGCGAUGAUUUUAGUCAUGUUUUCUUCAUGAGCAGGUCUUGACUGACGAUGGAGAAAUUUCGAGAGACCGAGAACAUUCGGCUGAUAUUUGUAGUCAUUUAACGUUAUUAUUUUUGUCAAGCAUUUACGUGGAAGGUGAAUAGGGUGGCAGAUAGGUGGGUAACAUAUCGACAUGUUUUAAGGGUACAAAACACGUACGGACCACUUACUUAGGUCGAUCUGAUUUUCGUAUUGUAUCGAUAUCGAUAUGUUGUUUUUGGGAGUCAAUCGUCGGUCAAUGCGUGCUCCGAGUCAUGUUAACUCAUUCGUGGUCAUUUUAACGCAUACAUUACACAAUGUAAAUAAGAAAAAAACACUACACACACACACACACACACACACACACACACACACACACACACACACACACACAUAAUAAAUUACCUAAGUAAAAAGAAGUAGAGACGCUAUAAAACGCUGUGUGGAAAGUUAAGUAAAAGAUACCGUAACUGUCAAUGGUUCUAUAUAGUUGUGAUAUUUUAUUAUAAUGCUGAUAGUCGUGCGCAGUUAACUUUUGAAUGGGUUCUCUCGCGUGCCCGACCAUUUUAUAUAUACAUAUAUAUACAUAUAUAUCGCGAGAUAUAAAGUAUGUAGGAUUAUCCUAAUCUUAAUACAUUGAUUAUACGUGAAAGGGAGAUUGUACGUUGCUGCAGUAAAAAUAAUUUACGACGAUCGAUAUGGCAACAUAAUGCGCGAGAUUUUUUUUCAGUUCCGAAGUCUAAGCUAUAUCGCAUGAACUUUCACGGAUGUUUUCUCUUGUCAUUUUCUUCAAUUAGUUUUCGGAAUAUCACUUAAAAUGUACAAAAAAUUUAACUGUUCCGUGAUUUAAAGACGUUAGAAUGUGUUUUAUGUUAAAAUUGUGUGAUCGAUAAAUUUUCUCGUGAAUUAGAUUUAUAUUAAUCGCGUAAUUGAUACCAAUCUUCUAGAGAAACGAGAAUAAAGUUAAUUAUUUAUCCGCUUGCGCACACGCGCAAUUGUAACGUUUACUCCUUUUAUAACGUAUAAUAACGCAUAUUAGAGUAUAGGUAUUUAGUUCUUUUGUUUCUGGAAUAUGUACAUAUGUUUUUUCUUAUUGCAUCCGUGGUGGGGGAGUGAUAUAUUAGUCUUAGGUGUAGUGCCUAAAAGUGAUGAGAUUGUAUGUCCGAUAAUAAGAUUUAUUUAAUGUAGAAUCUCCAAGUCACACUCUUCCGCGCCGGUAGAGAAAGAAAUUCGCUGGAUUGCGAAUAAUCGCUCGAGAACUGAGGUUUGAUUCAUGUUGAAACUACUCGUUUAAAAAUAUUAGUAGUCUCAAUGUUAAUGAACACGUCGAUAAAGAGGGGAACAUGGAAGAGAGCGAUAGGCCGCGCGUUCAGUUCUUUCUUUUGUGUACGGGUCGCGGGAUUAUUUAUGAAAUGAUGCAAAAUCGGGAAACGCUUGGGUGUGCUUAGCGGAAAGCGCGUGGAAAGAUAUUCGUGUAAAUACAAUGAAACGUAAAGAAAAAUGAAAAAAAGAAUAUAGGAUAGGACGGGGACAGGCUUAUGAUUUCCUUGUGGACUAUAAUAUUCAUCGCGUUAUAUGGACAGUUUUUCGUAUAAAAAUUAUAUUAUCAUUGUAAACAAAGUAACACUGACUCUCUCAUGAGAGAUAUAGAUAUGUAGCUAUAUAUAAAGUAUAGGAAAGAAUAACAUAUUUUUGGAGUUAAUAGAAGAUUGAUAUUGUACCGUGCUCCGUAAGUUAUUGAACGUUUCUCUUUCUUAGGUUCUCGGUCUCUAUUAGCUAGAUUGCGUCGUAAUCGGACCACAUUUACGAGUAUAGACAAUUGUUAGCUAAACUUCAAUCAGUUUCGCCGACAAAUCGAGUUUAUUAUCAAAUUUUAUCGAUGCAUUUUACCAUGUAAAUCAUUCGAGUCGUCUUGAACGUACUUGAUUAAAUGUUGUCUACUAAUAUUCUGAAAUUUUGCAUUUGUUAGAAAUUAUGUGUAGUAAAAAUCUAGUACAUUUAGAAAGGUGUAAUAUUCAACGUUGAAAAAAACAUUUUAAAAAUCCUAUACUUAUGUUUGAAAUUUAAGAGAGCUUAAAAUUUGAUGAAACGCAAAUAUAGAAUUAUUGAAGUUAAUCGUACCAGAAAAUUCUAAAUGUUGUCGCUACUGAGAUAAAUGGAGGUCCGAUUAGAGAAGCGAGAAUAAGUAGUCUGUCGCGCGGGUAAUAAAAUAGGAAGCGACGAGAUUCACUAUCUGACUGUUCUUCGAUGUUCUUAAUGUUCACUAUUAUACUAUAGUAAUGUAACGGUAAAUAAUAAUCAAUGGUGGGACUUGUAUUAUAUACGUUUAUCGAUUUAUGCAUAAUGCUGUAUUAUAUAGAUUAGUCUUCAUAGGAGAAGAGAGAGAAAGAGAGUACUCUUGUAUGUAGAUACAUGAUUGUUUAGAUUUUCUCCGACCGUUUACGAGUUUCAUCUUUGUGGCAAUUGUAGGCACGGUUCUCGUGUCUUUUAGUACAGAAAAUAUUUCUCCUCACACAUGAGUCGAUAGCGAAUUUGGUGUUUCACAAAUCGAAUGUUUUAGACUUCUUCCUCGUAACAUAGAAAAUGAUCCGGUCCCCAAGCUCUUAAUUGUUGGAUCGUUCGUGCAUUGGACCAGAUAGAAGUUGAUCUUUACACUCAUAUUUGUAGAAUUAAAGAAAAAAGGAGAUGCGUGCGUAAUUAGGGGAUUUUUUUUUUACAAACGCAGGCCAUUUUUUGCUCUUUCGAGUCUCUCUACAUUUUUGGUACGUACACACAAGUUGAGGGACCGAAAAUGUUUUCGUCUCUUUUAUCCAUCGGCGUGCAAAGCUCGUAUUUUAACUACGCUUUCGUGUGAAAUGAACAGUAUUCGUUUCUUUAUUACUUACUAUAUUUAGACACACGAUUUCCUUAGCCAUUGAAAUUAAGAAUAAUCAGCAUAUAAAGCUGGGACAAAUUAUAAAAGAGGCACACAGAAGUAUGUAAAUGUCCGUCUCGUUUUGACCUCUAUAUACGAUUAUAAGCCGAACUUGCUGAUCUUUAUCGACGAAAACAUAUAUCUACGCUACGUAUUUGUACCAUAUAUAAAAAUGUACGUCUCUUUCGUGUAUUUUAAUUGUACUAUGAUGAUAGUAGUAACGCGCAAGUUGCAUUAUUAUUGACGUGUCGUUCUAUGGCAUAUCAUGAUCACAUGUAUUGUUUAUUUCGACAUUAUAUCUUACUGAUUGCCGUGAAUUCCUUUAGUUUAAGCAUCGAUCUAUUGUUUUCAAUAUACAUUAUACUCAAUAAUCUCCAGCAUGUUAAUCCAAAUUUUUUAUAUGUUUAAAUCUAAAUCUACUUGCUCGAAUUAACUUAAUAAGAUGUUACAUUUUUUUCGACAGAUAGACUGAUCUUAUGAAACAAUUUAGAUCUGUAUUUGCGGAUUUAAUGCUAAAUUUCAAUUCUUUGAUUCGAUUUUAUGUUUUGUCUGUUUUUCAUGAGAAGAAGAUAUUACCGUUUCACGGAUUAAAAAAGAAAGCUAUUUUUAUGAAUUUUUUGUAACAGAAACUAUGCAGACGAUUAAUAUGAAACUUUAUACACAUCAUACAUAUUUUAUUAAUACUCAAUAAUUUUUUCAAGUUAAAAUAAUGAACCGCGCACUUUUUUGAAUAAUAAGCUGUAACUUCCAUAAUUUUCCGAAUUUUUUGAUAAAAAUUUAAGAAUAAAUUCUUAAAAGUAUUUUUAUAAAAUGCAAAAGAAAUAAUUUUUUUAUCCUUGAAACGGUAAUGCCUCUUUAAAUAGUCGACUCUCAUAUACCGACUUUUUAUUAUUAAACGCAAUUCACGAAUGCGAGAUUAGAUUAUUAUCAGAAGUCGAACACGAUUUCUCUCACGAUCGCGCGCGUAUUUACUCUAUCAGACUUCUUUUUAGGAAAGAAUUUUCGUAGCGUUGCCUUACUAAUGAAUUAUUACUGAUAUAUACGAUAAUUGUUUUAUACGCGACAUUUAUACAUGCAUGCAUACAUACAUACAUAUAUACAUAAAUACACACAAGUACAUUGCCGAAUAAUUCUAUUGUUGAAAUCCUCGAUUAAUAUAGUAUCUGCCAAAUUUCUUACACACAAACGAACAAACAUCAAAAUACAUCAUGAGGAAUCCACGUUGUGGAUAGAUCUAAAAGCGUGCGAGCCUUCUGGAAAUUGUGAAAAUUACAUAGUUCACAAAAAAAUACUAGAGCAGGGGACUAAUCAUUUUCUGUAUAUUUUUUUGAUACUGAAUAUAAAUCUGAUUUUUAAGUUACUCCAUCAUAAUUUUGAUAAAUUUGCAAUUAAAGUUGCACAAAAAUUUCUUUUAAAGUUGGAAAAUUCUAACAAUAUCCUUAAUUUUGAUUGCAAUAAAACUUCUCCAGCAUGUCAUAAUAUGAUAAAAUAUAUGAAAAUAAUCCUUUUUUUGCAAUUUUUAAUUUCAAAUUUUUUUAAAUUGUGAUAUGCUAGAGCGCAAUUUAGAAACUAAAUUUAUAUUCAGCAUCCAAAAAUAAACUAUAGAAAAUAACUAGUUUUCUCAUACUAGUGUUAAAAGAAAGUCACUUUUUGUUGAACUUUGUUAUCAUUUUAGUUACGUUAGAGAUGUCGCGAUAAGUUCAGAAAAUAUCGGCGUUUCUAGUUCUCUUAGAGACGUGGAUUUCCCUCUGGACCACAUGUACAUACGCCAGUAUAAUAACCCCAAUUAAUCGUCCGAAGUGGCGAGUAAAGUGAAGUUUCUAAACUACGAUUACUAAGUGUAUAGAGCGUUUUUUAAGGAGCUUUCCACAAGUCUCCUGAGGUAUUGUAAUUUGAACUCAGAAUUAUCUCUCCGCUUGCGUAUGUAGUGGUCCCCUCUUUUAUGGGCCCGUUGAUUAACACACAGCCGCACACAAGUCGCAGUGUCACGUCGAGAAUAAGUACGGACGACCGACGAACACUUUACACGUUUUCACAUGAGGCUUUUUGAUGUACUAUAAUAUAAACGAGAUGUUAAAUGUUUGCCUAUCAUGAUUGUCAUUUUCAAAUUUAGCGGAAGGAAAUUAUGUUACCACAAACCCGCUCUGUAAUCCUUUGCUGUUUACAAUUACGCUGUUAGCUAAUAAAUUGGACAAGCUGAUAUUGAACAAUCAGCUGUUUACUUACAUCGGAUAGUCACUGCACCAAUUGCUGAACGAUUAAUAAAUAAUUGUUAAAAAAAAUAUACAAUAAUAAGACUUUAAAAUAAUAAAUUACAAAUUGGUAUUUUGUAGAUUCGAAUUUUUACAUAGAUUUUAUUAAAAUCUAAUUUUUUAUUUGAAAAAAACAAUUUAUAUUAAACUAUUUUUAUUUAUUGAUGUAGUGACUCUACGAUGAAUUCUAAUCACAAGAUAUAUCUAUGUAAAAAAUUAUUUUCUUCCGAUCUGUUAUUACAAUCAAUUUAUCGUAUAUUUCAGUCAAUGACAGAGAUUAUACCAAAUUUCUGAAAUUUACAAUUGACACAUUUAUUUGUUUGGCAAUAUAUUUUCAUAAUUUAUAUGAGAAGUGCACUCCGAUUAUAAAAACGAUUGAGGAUACAUGCGCAGAUUAAAGCAUAGAGCGGUGUUUUCAGCUAAUAAUAGUUACUAUUAUAAAAUAAAGAGAAAUUCUAAUUAAGGGCUUUAGACUAGACUUAGAUAGAGCGUGCCUUGCUGAAAUGUCAUUUUUUCGAGGUCAUGUUCGUGCUAAUCCGUAAUGGACACUCGACAGGUGUGCACCGUGUGCGAUUGAUCGUUAAAAGUACAUAUAUAAUUAUAUAUGUAUAUAUAUAUAUAUAUAUAUAUUUAUGUGUGUAUAUACAUAUAUAUGUAUAUACAUAUAUAUAAUUAUGUAUACAUAUAUCUAUAUACAUAAAUAAUAAAUAGCACACACACACACACACACACACACACACACACACACACACACACACACACACACACACACACACACACACACACACACAUAUAAAAUACUACAUCUACUAUAUUAUAAAUAUUAUAUAUAUUACAUAACGAAGCAUGUGUACGUGCGACGGAUUAUUCUGGAGGUCGACCAGAGUACAAAGCGUAGAUUUAGUUUGGCCUCGGAAAUACUCUGCGCACGUGAAGUGGAAUCGAUGUCAUCGAUGAAUGUUACUGUACUGGAACGCAUUGUUUAAUAAGAAAAAAAAAUGCGUAGUAUAGGGAACGAGCCGCCGACCGCCACGUUGUUAAUAUCGUCGCAUCGACUGAGAACGAAUUGUCGUCUACUUCAUUGACAAUAAAAGCGAAAGUUAUAGGUGAAUACACUUAUCGGGACGAGCAAAAAUUUUUUUUUAAAUUUGAGUUUGAAUAUUUCCGUUUGAUAGAUAACGACUGAAUUUGUGCGAUUAACACACAACAUUAAUUCUAGAAUGUUACCGUAAAUUUGGGUAAAUUUUUAUCCAAAUGCUAAUUCAAGUCCAUUACAAUUUUUGUUAUUAAAAUCUUGUUAGCUUAAAAUAACAAUAAGACUUUUUACACGAAGUUAGUGUCAGUUCAUUUAUUUUAACACCUUGCAACUAAUACUCGCAUAAAAGACCUGUAAAAACAAAAGAGUGUAACAAAAAUUUUUAACUUUGCAGGCGAAUUUUCACCUAAUCAGUAUAAAUGUAAGAAAAAGAUGAGUAGCAUUCCAGGAUUAAUAGUAUUUAUAAAUUUUGUGUAAAGAGAAAAUUUCGGCUCUCGAUCGAUGCGGCGUGACAUUUAGUAAAAAAAAUAAUACACCGAACGUAUGUCUAAGCUACCAAAAAAAUUCUAAUCACGUCGCGAUACAGAGCUCAUGAUCGUCGAGGAACGGCAAUCAUAAUCAUGCGUUAUAAGGGAUGAAAAAUAAAAAAGAGAUGAGAGAGAGAAAAGACAGAUCGAAGAUUGUUUCGCAAAUCUUGAGGCAUUCCUCGGUGAUCACGGUGCUCCUCACUCUUCCGAUAAUAGGGGAUUUGAACAAUCGGUGACGACUUACUUAACGAUUAUAGAGAGCGUUUCUGAAUUUUUUAAGUCGCGCAUCGACACGAAGGUGCAUAUAUCUUAUGCGCGCGAGAGGUCCAUUUGAUAUUUAUAUUUUAAUACACACACGAGCCGAUUAUAUUUAGUGUAUUGUAAUUAUCGAAUAUAUAUUGAUCAAUCGCCCCGGCCGUUUGCUCGCUUGUCGCAUGGUCCCCCCACACCGGAAGGUUCGCCGACCAGCGAUCACGGAGUGGCGAACGGGGCUUGCGAGCGAUCAGUUGGCGCGCGAGCCACGGUUUUCUGUAUAUUACUGUAGUAUAAUAAUCAAACACUAAAGACUAAUGCUUAAGGUGAUCGAUGAGGCUCCGUUGUAGCUCGGAGUCGCGUAAAUGUAUUCGAAUUACGCGUCGUAGAUAAUACGUGAGAAAGUGAGGGAGAGAAUGAGUGGAGAGCAGAAGGGUGAGAAGAAAAAAAAUAAAGAAAUACAUUUGACUAAUUAACAAUGAUCGGGUACAUUCAGCGAUACAGACGUCAUUGUGUCUUAGUUCGUAAAUAAAUGCGGAUGCCCGCCGGUAGUCGG